GAGCCGAUGGAGGGGUGGCGAAAGUGGUAGGAGGGAGGGGACCGCCCCUAGACCGGUGGCUGCUCGGAGGUCCCGGCUGGCCCUUCGGAGGUCUGCUCUUGUGUUAGCCCCGCAACCGCUGUCUAAGCAAGGCUAGGGUUUGUUAGACGGAGUCAGUUGUAGGGUUCAGAGGGUCAGCAAUCAAUCCUCCGAAUGCAGAGUUUUAGCACUCGUCGCCAGUAUUGGGACUCAGGGGCUAGUAGAUUCCGUGUUUAAGAUGCCAAGGGAAUCUGUCUUUUGAUUCAGGGUUCAUCACUUAGAGGUUUAGGUAGCGAUUGCCAUCAUGCUGAAAGCUGUGAUCCUGAUUGGAGGCCCUCAAAAGGGGACUCGCUUCAGGCCUUUGUCUUUUGAGGUGCCCAAACCCCUGUUUCCAGUGGCAGGGGUCCCUAUGAUCCAGCACCACAUUGAGGCUUGUGCCCAGGUCCCUGGGAUGCAGGAGAUUCUGCUCAUUGGCUUCUACCAACCUGACGAGCCCCUUACCCGGUUUCUAGAGGCUGCCCAGCAGGAGUUUAACCUUCCAGUCAGGUACCUGCAGGAAUUUGCGCCCCUGGGCACAGGGGGUGGUCUCUACCAUUUCCGGGACCAGAUCCUGGCUGGGGGCCCUGAGGCCUUCUUCGUGCUCAACGCUGACGUCUGUUCCGACUUCCCCUUGAGUGCUAUGUUGGAUGCCUACAGACACCAGCCUCACCCUUUCUUGCUCCUUGGCACCACGGCUAACAGGACACAAUCCCUCAACUACGGCUGCAUUGUAGAGAAUCCACAGACACACGAGGUCCUGCACUACGUGGAGAAACCCAGCACUUUUGUUAGUGACAUCAUCAACUGCGGCAUCUACCUCUUUUCCCCUGAAGCCCUGAAGCCCCUUCGGGACGUCUUCCAGCGUAACCAGCAGGAUGGGCAACUGGAGGACUCUUCAGGCCUAUGGCCAGGGGCAGGCACCAUCCGCUUGGAACAGGAUGUGUUCUCAGCCCUGGCUGGACAGGGCCAGAUCUAUGUACACCUCACUGAUGGUAUCUGGAGCCAGAUCAAGUCUGCAGGCUCAGCCCUCUAUGCCUCCCGCCUCUACCUGGGCCAGUACCAGCUCACUCAUCCAGAACGCCUGGCCAAGCACACCCCAGGGGGUCCACGAAUCCGAGGAAACGUUUACAUCCACCCAACGGCCAAGGUGGCCCCGUCGGCUGUGCUGGGCCCCAAUGUCUCCAUUGGGGAGGGGGUGACCGUGGGCGAGGGUGUGCGGCUCCGAGAGAGCAUUGUCCUCCAUGGAGCCACGCUGCAGGAGCACACGUGUGUUCUGCACACCAUUGUGGGCUGGGGGAGCACUGUGGGGCGCUGGGCCCGUGUGGAGGGUACCCCCAAUGACCCCAAUCCCAACGACCCGCGAGCACACAUGGACAGUGAGAGCCUCUUCAAGGAUGGGAAGCUGCUGCCUGCCAUCACCAUCCUAGGCUGCCGCGUCCGGAUCCCUGCUGAGGUGCUCAUCCUGAACUCGAUUGUUCUGCCACACAAGGAGCUGAGCCGCAGCUUUACCAACCAGAUCAUCCUCUGAGGGGGACUGCCAGAAGGCACCCCUCCAACUCCUGCCCACCCCCCUCGAGGCUGCUGCCUGCAUGGCCAGCCUCUGUCCAAAAAGACCGGAGGAAGCCAGGCAGGAUCUUCACAUGUCGGGGAGCAACGUGGGUGGCCGGGUGGCUGGGGAGACUCCAGGCCUCCCUCUCUGCUCCCUAAUAAACCCCCGUGAACCUUG